UAAAGUUUCCAACAAAAUAAAUUUAUCAGUAUGUGGUGCAACCGAUUUGUACGGUUUUCUCCAUAAAUUAAAAUAUUUGUGAGCAUUCAAUGUUUCGUUAGUUUUAAAAAAUGAUAGCGAUGUACAAGAAAAGAGCCGGGACCACGGAUUACGGCUCAGAAUACGAAAAACUGACAAUUGCAAAUUUGGUGUUACGUCUCGUCAGCGAUGCCAACCUAAAGAAUUUUUCUGUGUCUUCUGGUGACGAAAAGUUUGACAGGUUUGACGAUGUCGUGGUCGAAACCGAAACCCUCGACGAUAUUACGACCACGUUUGCCUUACAACUAGUCCACUCAGAAAGAAAUGUGUUGAGUUUAAAGCACCUACAGGUUCCAAAAGGCAACUUCAGCCUAAAAGAAUUUUUCCGGUCUUUUCAACGCACACAAACACUGGCGAACAAGUUCAUACUUUACACCAACCGCAAAAUGAACAUCGAAGACAACACGGAAUUUUGUCUAGACGGAGAAGAUUUUUUUAUCAAGAUAUCAAGAAUUAGUCCUGAAGUCAGCAUUCUGGGUGAGUCCGGGUGUUGUUUCAAGUUCAGUGUCGUCGACGAAACUGACACCAUAUCGGACAAAAUUUGGGAAUACAAGAGGUUUUUCGAACGAUUUUACUUAUACGCUAGUCAAAAUAACGCGAAACAACUACAAGUAAACACUGCCAACACGUUCCAGAAAACCUUCUCAGCUGACGAAACCGAAUAUUCCAACUACUUGAAGACAAUAGCCGAAUGGAACUUACUAACCGGGAGAAAACACAAGUUGACGAAAAAGUGGGCCCAACGGGUAAUAGCACUCCAGAUUUUGUCUUCUAGAAUGCACCCGCUGUGUUUCGACCACACGGAUGAAGACCUCCACGAAAAAGAAAAAAAACUGAUCAUGAGGGAGGCAAUUUCCUCGUUUGAUAUCACGGUUUUUGACAGGCAGUCCUACCAUAGGUUGAAAAUGCUAUGGAACGAAUAUCAAAGUCGCUUGAUAGACGAAAGAGAAGCGCAGGAAUUGAUAAGAAUGUACCAGCUUUGCUCAGGUGGUACUAUCAACGACUUGAACUCGAAAGGGUGGAGCGAGCUGUUGUGGUUAAUGGGUAAAUGUCCCUUGAUUGUAACCCUUGACGAAACUGUCCACAAAGCGCUUGAGUUAUGCAAAAGUGAAAAGUUUGUGUUAUUUCACGAACACUCAGAAAAUUUUCUCGAAAGUAGGUCGAUUUUUCGCAAUUUGGGGGAUUUAAAGACGGUUUCGACUAGCAUUUUCGAUUAUUUUACAUUUAGGUUUACUUGUUUCUUGCAAGGGAAAAGAGAGGUCGGGUUGAGGGCGUUGGGGGAAGACAAUGAGGAAUUUUGGCGGCUGAUAAAGACAGACGAUUUGUUGACGAUGAUGGAUGAACCACUCCACAUAGGAGACGUAGAAGAAGUUCUUCCUGAACCUUACAUACCAAGACAUGUGUGGCAAGAUGUCAUUGACAUGACCUAUCUAGAUUCUAUGGGCGAUAUUGUCGUCGUCAUUGAUAGCGUUGAAGAUCAAGAACAAAUCAGAACUAGAUUAAAACGUGAAGAUCUUAACUACGUCGAUAUGAGUUUGCACGAAGAUGAAGAGAAACAACCAGUUGGGGGUCCUACCAUAUACUUCAGCAACAACGCAGUGAGUGUCAACGACUUUGACAAAAUUCGUAGCAGUUGUGUUAAAGAUUGUCAUCACUUUAGAGUCACUUACGACCAAAAUCUAAUUUUGAUUCGAAGCACAGGUGAUGUUAGAAAUUUGGAAAAGUAUAAACUAAAACCACGUGAAAUUAAAGAAACAACACUGUGGUCAAUGCAACUUGAAAAUACCGUCAACGUGAUAAUCGGAGACUCGGGAAGCGGAAAAACGGCUUUGGUCAAAAAUUUUAAAGACAAUUGCCCUUGUCAAUUCUGGAUUGUUAUUUUGACCCCAGAAGACGUCUAUCUAUUUCUGAAAUCGAUUAAAGAUAGCAAGAAAGAUUUGACACGGGAUUUUUACCAUUACCUUGUGAGUGUGAAAUAUAGAAGACUGGAUGAGAACGGCAAAAAUUUUUUUCGGUUGUUUUUUGAGCAAAACAACGUGGUUUACGUUUGGGACGCCUUAGAUGAAAUUUCGAACGAGGGUUUGGAAAUGGUCACAAACCUGAUUUUUCAACUGUGUCGUUCCAGUCGUGCACAGUCGGUUACGAGUCGAAGCCACUUAAAAACGUUUCUAGAAACGAAGUUUAAAGUACUUUCGCUGAGUCUAACGGAGUUGAAUCAGGAAGACCAGCAUCUCUAUAUAAGGAAGCGUCUAGAAUAUUUUAGAUCAGAAGAAGAGGUUGACAAAGUAAUAGCCAAGAUUCGAUUUUCGCUUCUAUGUAGUGACAUUCUAAAGCUCCCUUUGCUGCUGUUUAUGUUUACGGAAGUGUUACGUGACAACGCAGACAAAGACCUGUCACAUUUUAACAUCAACACCCUAUACGAGUCUUUCGUAAACGAGAAGCUGAAUUUAUAUUUCUCCGACAAAAUAAACAUUGCUUCGGCUAGAUUCCUAAUGGAUAAAAUGAUAAUGCAAGUCAAGCAAUCAAUACUAGAUUCUUACGAAAAAAUAGCACUGAAAGUAUUGUUCAACGAAGAUUUCCAAAAGAUCGACGACAAAUUGGAGAAAAAUUUUGACAUGGCUUUUUCUGUUGGAAUAAUCGAAAGCAUUCAAGACCAAGUACCGAGGUUCUACCACGACUCGUUUGCAGCGUAUUUCGCGGCCGUUCACUUUGCAAAAAAUCUACACCUGGUGGAGAAAAUCAGGCACAAAUUCUUCCAACCCAAAUACACCACUAUGAGAAUUUUCUUCGACAAUAUAUUAGCCGAAAAUUGCUUGCCACACUUAGCCAUAAUAUCGAAAAAUGUCGACUUAUUAUUGGACUACAGUACUCGACAAAAAAUUAGUUACCUAGACCGAGGAGGGCGUACUGCUUUGCAUUUGGCCUGCUCCUGGGGCCAGCGACACCCUACUCUAGAAAUCACAGAAACCGCUGGAACUUUCACUGUCAAUGCGGCAAAAGCUAUCACUGUGAUACCCGAAUCAGAAGAAUACGUCAAAAUGGUUGCUUUGUUGUUACAAGAGUGCGACGUUUCUCAAAAAGACGAAAUAUUCAAGAUGACAGCUCUAGAGUACGCCCAUGCCAGUGAAUGUUUGAAGGAGGAACUUAUGGUGAUGGAGAGACAAGGAAAGGGGUUUUCGGAAUUAAAACAUGGUGUUGGUUAUGUGGUGAGCACCCUGUAUUACUCGGCGGCGCUUGGUUACUGCGAACCAUUUAGCAAUUUUUUUUUGGGACGGUACCACCGGAAGAAUAUUGUCGGGGCAAAAGACGUGACAGGUUUGACUUUGUCGAAGAUAGCUUCCCAGCGUGGACACCAAGCGAUUGCUGAUUUUCUAGAAGAAGGUGAGGCCGAAAUGAGUAAGGGUGGAGAUCGGAAAAAAAGCAUGAUGCAGCGGAUUUUCGAAACUUUCUUCUAAACGCUACUUGCUUUGAAUUCUUGAAGUCUGUGAUAGAUUGAGAAAAUUAGUAUGUGUUGAAGAUAUUUUUGGUUGUGAAAUUUUCUAUGUAUGUACACUUAAAUACUGUUGUUACGAUUAAAAUUUUCGUCGUCUGGUAAUAAUAAUAU